UGUAUUUCAACUUCCGGGAAAAACAGACCGUCGAUUUCUCGUAACUUAUAUUUAAGAUUACAAUGUUUCAGUAACUUAAUUUUAUAUAUUUUCUAGAACUUACUGUUGACAUAAAAAAUAAGUAUGUCCCACUAUAACUUUAAAAAGAUCACGGUCGUUCCAACGGCAAAGGACUUUGUGGACAUUGUUUUGUCAAAAACACAAAGGAAAACACCAACUGUCAUCCAUCGGCACUACAAGAUAUCAAGAAUCCGCCAGUUUUACACCAGGAAAAUCAAGUUUGCACAACAGUCAUUUCAUGACAAACUAACAAUGAUCAUUACAGACUUCCCGAAACUUGAGGAUGUCCAUCCAUUCUACGCUGACUUAAUGAAUGUGCUGUAUGAUAAGGAUCAUUUCAAGCUGGCCCUUGGACAGAUCAACACGGCGAGACAUCUGAUAGACAAUGUUUCUAAAGAUUAUGUCCGUCUCAUGAAGUAUGCCGACAGCCUGUACAGAUGUAAACAGCUGAAGAAAGCCUCUCUUGGAAGAAUGUGUACUAUUAUGAAGCGCCAGAAACAGAGUCUUGAAUACCUGGAGCAGGUCAGACAGCAUCUUUCACGACUCCCAACCAUCGACCCCAACACCCGUACUCUCCUCAUCUGUGGGUUCCCAAAUGUCGGCAAAUCAAGCUUUAUCAACAAGAUAACACGAGCAGAUGUAGAAGUUCAGCCCUAUGCCUUUACCACCAAAUCACUGUUUGUUGGACACACAGACUACAAGUACUUACGCUGGCAGGUAGUAGACACACCGGGAAUCCUCGACCACUCGUUGGAAGACAGAAAUACAAUUGAGAUGCAGGCAAUCACAGCACUUGCCCAUCUCAGGGCUGCUGUACUGUAUGUGAUGGAUGUGUCUGAACAAUGUGGCCACUCUAUAGAACAACAGGUGUCGUUAUUCAACAACAUUAAGCCUCUGUUUGCCAACAAGCCGCUGAUGGUGGCAGUCAACAAAAUUGAUGUGCUGAAAAUAGAAGACCUACCACAAGAUAAACAGGAUUUGUUCAAGGGAUUUGAGGAAGAUGAUAUUCCUGUCAUGAACAUGAGCACCCUGACAGAUGUUGGUGUUAUUGAACUAAGGAAUGAGGCGUGUGACCGGUUGUUAGCCCACAGAGUGGAGGCGAAAAUUAAAAAUAGAAAGGUUCAAGACAUCAGCAAUAGACUUCACGUUGCCAUGCCUCAGAAACGAGAUCAGAAGGAACGUCCCGCAUUCAUCCCAGAGGCUGUGUUGAAGAAACGCCAGGCAAUGGAGAUAGAGAGAGAGAAGCGAAAGACCGAGCGUGACAUCGAGUUGGAAGAGGGCGAUGAUUACAUACUUGAUCUCAGAAAAACCUGGGACCUGCACAAGCCUGAGGAGAAAUAUGAUGUCAUACCGGAGAUAUGGGAGGGCCAUAAUGUGGCAGACUUCAUUGAUCCUGACAUCAUGGAGAAACUUGAUGCUCUGGAGCGUGAAGAAGAGUUGCGAGAGAAGGCUGGUUACUAUAACAAUGAUGACAGCGAGGAAGAUGAGGACACGAAGGUGAUGAGAAAAACUGCAUUCAAGAUUCGACACAAGCGGCAAUUGAUCAACCUGGAGAGUAAUGAGAAGCGAAGAGUUCAGCGGUCCCGAGUACCGAGAACGGCAAAGAAGAUUGCUGCUAAAGACAUGGAGGAGAGUAUGGCUGAACUGGGGGUCGAAAUUGAGGACAAGAGUUCUACCCACUACAGCAAACUACGAGAGCGUGGUGCCAGUCAGCGUAGUGCCAGUCGGGUAGCAGUCAAGAGAAAGCGUGAAGUAUCUGAGAACCGGUCUCGCACCCGUAGUGCAUCUAAAACUACUCGUGACAAGUCUGGCAUUAGGGAUGAACCUAUGGCAAAGAAGGUCAAGAAGAUUGCUCGCAAGGCCCAGUUUGGUUUCAACCAGGAGGCCCGCAAGGGAGAGGCUGACAGACGUGUACUGGACAUGAAGCCCAAACAUUUGUUUUCAGGGAAACGGGGCAUGGGAAAAACAGACCGAAGAUAGAAGGAUAUUUGAUUCAAUUGUUUGCUGGGAAAUGGGAAAUAGGAAAAACUGAUAGAAAAUCGAGGGAUAUUUGGUUCUUUUGUCUGCUCGGAAAAUUGAAGUUUUUAACAGUAUAAACUGAUAGAAAAAGAGGGUUAUUUGAUACUUUUUAUUUGCUUGGAAAUGGGAAACAGGAAAAAACUAGCUUUUUCCCUGGGAAAUGAAAAAAAAAUAUAUUGGGAACAACUGUCUGAAUGGAACAAGGGAUUUGUUUUACUGUUCUAGAUAAUGGAGGAAACAAAAGAAGUUAAAGUGGAAUUAAUGAAAUGAUUACAAUAAAGAACAAACUACAUUGUAUUUAAAUAUUACAUUCAAAAGUUUUUUUUGUAAUUUAGAAAAUGAAAAUACUGAAAUCUUGUCACUUUAACUUUUUGUGAUGAUAAUUUUGCAUUACCUAAUAUAAUACUUAUCAUCUAUACCUUGUACUUGUGUUCAUCUUUGCCUAAGAUGUGUUGGUUGUCAUUGUUAUGGAAAUAAAUUCAUGAGAAAAAAAAAUGUUAAUACA